AUUUAGUUAGUACAUUUCUUGUACUUUAAUUGUACUACAAAUUGAUUAGCUCCCCAGUUACUUAGCAAUAUCCAUAUAUAGAGCAAUGUACUCUUCUCCUCCUUCUUCUUCUUCUUCACUGUCUUGCUCAACAAUAAGAGCAAGAAAUGUGAUCGCGGCAAUUGCCAUUGUCAUCCUCUUGUCGAGUAGCUCUUAUGCGCAACUUUCCCAUGUGUUCUACGACAAAUGUCCCAAGUUGUUCACUACUGUAAGAGGAAUUGUCAAAUCUGCCAUUAAGAAUGAAACACGUAUGGGAGCUUCGCUCCUUCGCCUCCAUUUCCAUGACUGCUUUAUUCAAGGAUGCGAUGCAUCCAUCCUGUUGGACGACAUACCUGGUUCAUUCACAGGAGAAAAAACAGCUGUGAUUAACAACAAUUCCGCAAGAGGAUUCGGAGUAAUUGAUGAAAUCAAAUCGGCGGUGGAGAAAGUGUGCUCUGGUGUGGUGUCAUGUGCAGAUAUUAUUGCCAUUGCUGCUCGUGACUCUGUCGUUCAUCUUGGAGGACCAUGGUGGAAAGUCAAACUUGGACGAAGAGACUCUUUAAACGCAAGCUUCAGUCUAGCCAACGGCGGUGCCGUCCCAUCUAUCUUUUCCAACCUUAGCGUCCUGAUCUCAACCUUUGGCAAUGUUGGCCUUAGCCCUACUGAUACGGUUGCAUUAUCAGGAGCACACACAAUUGGAGAUGCAAGGUGUGUGACUUUUCGGCGUCGGAUUCACAACGAGAGCACCAUUGACGCAAGCUUUGCAAGUGGUCUGAAGAAGAUCUGUCCGUCGACUCAGGGAAUUGGGGAUGCCAAUUUGGCCCAUUUUGACCAUCAAACUCCAUAUGCAUUCGACAACAAGUACUAUGGCAACCUCAUAAACCAGACCGGACUUCUUCACACCGAUCAGAUACUCCUCGAUGGUGGGAACAUAACCAUUGCUUCAUUGGUUGAACAAUACAGCAAAGACCAGAACAAGUUCUUCACUGACUUUAGCGCAGCGAUGAUCAAGAUGGGAGAUAUCGCGGUCUUAACCGGAUCCAAAGGUGAGAUCAGGAAGGAUUGCAGAAGAGUUAAUAAUUGAUCGAUUCAUUCACCAUCCAAAUCACGCUCGCCCGCCUGUAGUGCAUGCUAUCAGACUUUAAACAUGACAAUAUUUGACAAUAAAUAUUGCUAUGUUAGGAAUACAAACAUACCAGUCAUAUUUUGGGAAUUUUCCUUUUUUUCUUGGAACAUCGAGUCAUUAGGUUUAUCCUUUUUGUUUGGUCAUUUAAGUACACUGCUUGCUGCUUGUUUGUUUCUUGAUUCUAGCUGUUAUUGUCAUCAACCGGGGCGGGUACGUACCAUUUUAUGUGGUUUUGUUACUUAAUUCAUCUUUAGCCUGCCAGUUAUUUGGUUUUACAGGUUUCCCACAAGAAUUAUAAUAAUGGUGGCAUUGUAUUGCUAAACUGUUAGACUAUUGGACUCAUACUACAUGUAUUAUUC